CUGGCAGAUACAGAUGGCGGACAACUCUAUCCACAAAACUGCUUUUCGAACUCGGUAUGGAUCGUACGAGUAUUUGGUAAUGCCAUUCGGACUCACCAACGCACAGGCAACAUUCCAAGCCGAAAUGAACCACGUUCUACGACCACUUUUGGACGAGUGCGUGGUGGUGUACCUGGACGACAUCCUCAUCUACACGCGCGACAUGAAGCAGCACGUCGAACACCUGCGACGCGUCUUCGAAAUUCUUCGACGAGAACGAUUCUACGUCAAACUGUCCAAGAGCGAAUUCGCCCUUGAGAAGGUCCAGUUCCUAGGACACAUGGUGAGCGCUCAAGGAGUUCACGUCGACCCCAAGAAAAUCGAAGCCGUACGUACGUGGAAGACACCCGAGAAUGUGAAGGAGUUGCAGCAGUUCCUAGGCUUCGCUAAUUCUUACAACAGGUUCGUGCCACAAUAUGCGAAACUUGCAGCACCACUCACGAAUCUGCUGAAGAAGAACACGCCCUACAAAUGGGAGCCGAAGCACCAGGAAGCCGUGGAGCAGCUGAAACAAGCACUUACGUCCGCACCAGUACUCAUCUUGCCAGAUCCCGAACGCGACUACGUAAUCGAAGCAGACGCCAGCGACCAGGCAGUGGGAGCAGUCUUGAUGCAAGACCAAGGAAAUGGACUACAACCAAUCGCCUACCUCAGCAAGAAACUGCACGGGGCAGAACUAAACUACCCGAUACACGACAAAGAGGCCCUUGCCAUCGUCAUCGCCUUCAAAGCAUGGAGAUGUUAUCUCGAAGGACGAAGAACAACCGUCUACACCGAUCACUGUAGCCUGAAAUAUUUGAAGACACAACCCAACCUUUCCAGGCGGCAGGUCCGGUGGAUCGACUUCCUCGAGACACACUUCCACUACGACAUCGUGUACAAGCCCGGCCACAAAAACAAAGCAGACGCCCUCAGCCGGCCUGCACACGUUGCCGCUAUUCUGAUCGAAGGGAUGAAUCCACUCCUCAAGGGACUCUUCACACACGGUGGGACAUUACUACUCAAAGAAUACCACGACGUCCUCUACGCCGGACACUUCGAUACUAACAAGACGCUGACCGGUAUUGCAAAACACUACUACUGGCCCCACUUGGCCGAGGAUGUUCAGAAUUUUGUCACCUCGUGUGAUACUUGUCAGCGGAUGAAGAGCAGCAAGAAGAAGAAGGCAGGACUACUGGAGCCUCUUCCUGUCCCACAACAGGCAUGGCAAGUGGUUAGCCUGGACUUCAUCACCGGGUUACCACCUACCACCAGCGGUCAUGACGCAAUCCUUGUCGUCAUUGACAAGUUCUCCAAAAUGGGCCACUUCAUUCCGACACACACGACAGCACGCACCGAGGAGACAGCACAACUAUUCGUUCGAUACAUCAUCUCACAGCAUGGCAUUCCAACCACACUUAUCUCCGACCGAGACCCCAAGAUCACCAGCAAAAUUUGGAAGGAACUCAUGUCUCUACUCGGGACCAAACUCGCCAUGUCAUCCGCCUACCAUUCGCAGACAGACGGACAGACCGAGCAUCUCAACCAGAUUGUUGAGCAACUCCUCCGAGCAGCCUACAAGGAUGAGAUCUCCAAAUGGGACUUGCAUCUGCCCGUUCUAGAGUUUGCUUACAACAACGCUACACAUGCCGCUACUGGACAGACGCCGUUCUUCCUCUGCUACAGACGCCACCCACUCACACCACAGAAACCGACGACAUCCGCUACAGUCCAACCUGCACAUGAUUUCAUCACAACCAUGCAUCAGCUUUGGGAUCGGACCCACAAGCGCCUCCUCGACAUUCAGCAGCAACAAAUGCGCCAAGCCGAUCGCCAUCGCAAUGACCACACCAUCACGGUGGGGGACCAGGUGCUUCUUGACACCCGCAACCUUGACAUCAGCCAUCUUCCAUCCAAACUGCGACCUCGCUUCUGCGGGCCUUUUCUCGUUGAAGCACAGCCAGCAUGACAGUCAAUCUCUCCUUCUCG